AUGUCGAAGUGGAUCAUUGAGGACCUGGAAGAGGGUCUUCGAUUCAGCUACAAGCUCAAGAAGAUCUUUGCAUCCACUCAGUCGAAAUUUCAGCAGGUGGACGUGUGCGACACCGAGCCCUUCGGGCGAGUUCUGAUCAUCGAUGGACUGAUCCAGUCCAGCGAGCUGGACGAGUUCAUCUACCACGAAUGCCUGGUGCAUCCGGCCAUGUUGGCGCAUCCCAACCCCAAACGCGUCUUCAUAGGUGGAGGGGGUGAAGGAAGCACCGCUCGAGAGGUCUUGAGACACAAAUCCGUGGAGAAAUGCGUCAUGGUGGACAUCGAUGGAGAUGUCGUGGACUUUUGCAAGGCACACCUGCCGGCCAACAGCGAAGCCUUCGCAGAUCCCCGGCUGGAUCUCAUCAUCGAUGACUGCAAGGUGCAACUGGAACAGGCCACAGAGAAGUUUGAUGUGAUCAUCAUGGACCUGGACGAUCCCUUGGAGGGUGGGCCAUGCUACUGGCUCUACUGCAAGGAAUUCUACGAGAUGUGCAAAACCAAGCUGAAUCCGGAUGGUAUUUUGGUCACGCAGGCCAGUGGAGCCGGUGUGAAGAUGUACAAGGCAGUGCUGUCGCCUGUGCUUAAUACCUUGAAGCAGGUGUUUCCUGCAGCGAGGGCCUACAAAGAAGCUGUCUAUUCCUUUGCCGAUGAGUGGGGCUUCGUGAUUGGCCACAGCAAUCCGAGCACCGCUUCUGUGACACCUGAGGAGAUCGACCGCCGCAUUGCUGAGCGCAUCUCCAGUUCGUUAUCGUUUCUGGAUGGCGAAAGCUACACAGGCAUUUUCUGCCUUUCCAAGCAGAUGAGAUUAGAUUUGGCGGCGGAGAAGCGAAUCUUGUCGAAGGACAAUCCUGCGGUGUUUUUGAAGCACAUGGAGGGUGUCAGCCAGUACACCAAGGACUCGGAUGCGACGGAAUCCACGGAUCCCACACGCGGCUACAAAUGA